CUGGUCGGACGUUGUUGUUGUAAUGUAAAAUGUAAUGUAGUAGUAGGAAGGAGUUCAUCGUUCAUCAAAUCAAGUACACUUGUAUUAAUAUUGAGGAGAUACAGUAAACUUAACUUAAGUCUUAGUCAAGUCAGUCUUUUAGUGACUCACAGUGUGAAAGUCAAUUAGUGCAACCGCAACAUGAUUUACCUCUUUUCUAGAACAUUUUAUGUGAUUUUAAGCUUAUAAAUACUUUUUAAUGUUUGACUUCAGUUUAUAGUUAACAUGGUGUCCAAUUUUAAGUUUAACGUAUCGCACUCCUACUAAGGGUUAAGUGGUAAUCUAUGUUCAGAACAAGAAGGAGAAACGGAGAAGCUCUGAGGAACAAUAUUGGAGAUGACCAAACGCAGCCCAGGCCAGGAAACAUGGACCAAAGCUUAGCUCAGCACUCACAAGAAGAUAUAACUAACAGCAGUCGUUCAUCUCUUCCUAGAACCUGUAAACAGAAGAACCACAGUUCCGAACUAUCUUCAAGCAGUGGAAGUGAUGAUGAUGAGUUCCUCCAAUCAGCAAAGUUCAGACGCAGGAAUCAUUUUAGUGACUACGAGACGGGUGAGAGCUCUGAUAUGACACCGCGGAGAACAAGAGCUGGCUUGACAAAGAGAAACGUUCAGAAACAUGAUGAAAUGUCUAAUCAAAAUUGUGUUGAUUAUGACUCAUCAAGUGUUGAUAUGGAUUUUACUAAAAAAAAGGUCAAAAGACCAUUGACCUAUACUUCAAGUGAUAAUGACUCAUCAGACAGUGGUGCACCCAUUGGCUACAAAAGAUGUAAUAAACGGAUGAGAGUUCUCUCCAGUAGUGAGAGUGCCAGCUCUAGAAAUUCGGGCGAUGAAAAUGCUCUAACUACAGCCUCUAACGUGGACAAUCGAUUGCAAAGUAAUGAUUCGGAGAGUGACAGCGAAAUCGAUGUUGUGAGCCCAUUUCAUACUGUGAGAGGAAGAAAUUAUCCUGUCAUUGAAAGUGAUGAUGAUACAAGCUUAUACAUUCAAGACUUAUUGCAGGAAAGUGAUUCUGAACAAAACAAUAUUUUUGCUUCAUUGAUUGCAGAUGAGCUUAGUUUUCUUCGUGUUAGAAGGAGACUGCAACGACGACGUAGAGGACCAGUUGUGCAGAGGAACAUUACUAUUCCUGAAUCAGAUGGUCAUAAUAUGUGGUGGGUUACUACCCAAGGAGAAGAAAUAGAAGGCGUUAGUGAUGUAAUUUCACAUCAUCGUAGAGUAAGGGGAAGGAGAACUCCAGUUGUUGAAGAAAGUGAAGAUGAUAUGGAAUUAAAUGCUUCUCAAAAUAAUGAAGUAUUAGUUUCAGAAAGAGAAACUGUCAACAACCACUCUGGCAGUUUGGCUGGAAUCAGUGACAGCGAUACAGACAAUGUUAGAAGAAGAAGAAUUUCUGCACUUAAUAAUGAAAAUCAGGUUGCUACUAGAUCCAAUGCAAGAAGGAGAAUUAUGUCUUACAGGAACAGAAAUGUUUCUCAAAGAGGUGAUUCAUCAAGUUCAUCAAGAUCUUCUUCAGACUCUGAUGAUAGUGUUCCAGAAAGAAAUACAAGACUUCGUGGUAGAGUAACUGCCGAUUCAGUUGAGGAUGUGAAUGAUGUAAACAUCAGUUUGUCAGUAGCUCAAGAGAUACUUGCCAGUCGUAAUAUUAAACAAGAAGAAAGUAUUUCAGAUUCUGGGGAAGAAGAGUCAGAAAAGUGUCCAAUCUGUUUAACAGCUUUUAAAUUACAACAAAUUGGAAAACCUACAUCCUGUAACCACAUGUUUUGCUGCAAGUGUAUUAAGGAAUGGGCAACGAAAAGUAAUACUUGUCCAGUGGAUCGUAAGGAGUUCAAUAAACUUGCUGUGUUCAACAAAUAUGAGGGGAAAUUUAUUUGCGAAGUAGAUGUUGAAAAACCUGAACCAGAAGAUGAUUAUCCUUUAAGUGAUGAUAAUAUUGUGAGCCUUUAUGAGGUGGUUGCUGGUGCCGAUGCACUUGAUAUUGCCCUCUCUUUCAAUCAAAUUGCAGCCCUCUCUUUCAGUGAAAGUCUUGAAGAUGGACCAGAAGAGGUUUGUUACACAUGUGGUAGCAGUGAACAUCCCGAUCGAAUGAUAAGUUGUGACAGUUGCAACACUGUCUUUCAUCUAGACUGUGUUGAUCCUCCACUUGAAGAUAUACCUGCUAUGAAUUGGUAUUGCUCUGAUUGUGAUAUGCAUUCUGACUCUUCUGAUUAUGAUUGAAAAAAAGACUUUUGUUUGUCGUUAAAAAGUUAAACUAUAAUAUACCAUUUCAAGAAUUCAAUAAAUAUUUUAUUAAUAA